AUGAUGUCGGAAAGACCCCCAGGUGGUCUUCCGGGCAAUACAGAGCCAAAUCCGCGCAAGCAUGUAAAUGCGAUUAUGACCAGGAGUGGCAAGACUACAGGACCUAACAUAUCGGACCCACCACCGAUCACUGAAAAGGUCCCGACUGACACACCGGACGAGGUGCAAGAUAGGCUGCGCCCAACAAGUACAGCACAAGUCCAGGAGCCAGUCAAAUAUUACACUCCUCCAGUACCAUAUCCGGGCCGGCUGAAGAAACAGAAGAACGAAGACAAUACGAUGCCGAAGUAUGCAAAGUUUUUGAAGGACAUCCUCUCGAAUAAGCAGAAGCUCGAGGAUAUGUCCUGUGUGGUAAUGAACGAAAGCUGCUCUGCCAUUCUUCAAAAUUGUCUACCCACAAAAAUGGGAGAUCCUAGCAGUUUCACGCUUCCUUGUUUGAUAGGAAAUAUGUCUGUUAGCCAUGCAUUGGCUGAUUUGGGAGCGAGUAUCAACCUUAUGCCCUAUAAGGUUUUUACAAAGUUGGAUCUAGGUGAGCCAUCGCCUACACGUAUGAGCAUUCGACUAGCAGAUCGUUCUAUCAAGUAUCCACGUGGAUUUGUUGAGAAUAUGCUUGUUAAGAUUGACAAGUUUGUGUUUCCAGUGGAUUUUGUUAUCCAGGAUAUGGAUGAGGACUUUAGGGUGCCUUUGAUUCUCGGACGUCCGUUCUUGAAUACUGCUCGGACCAUUGUAGAUGUAGCUGCAGGGCAGAUUACACUCCGAGUGAAUGAUGAGCAUGUGACCUUUGACAUCAAGCGGUCAAUGCAGCACCCGCAGAGUCAGGAUGAUGCGCUUUACUAUGUCGACAUUGUUGACACGUAUGUGAGCACACAUUUCCAGGGCACGAUUGAGGAGAUUGAUUUGGACACACAUCUGUUAUGUGGGGACCUAGAUGGAAUUACACAGGAGGGCCACGAUUUCGAGCAGCCAGUCUAUCAGAUUGGUGAUGAUGGUUCCCAGAGUUCGGAUCAGUUUACAGAGAUCGAUCGUGAGAAUGAAGAAAAGUCGAAGCCGUCGGUUGAAGAUCCACCGUCUUUGGAGCUUAAGGAGCUUCCGCCCCAUUUGGAGUACGCAUUUCUAGACGAGGAGCGCCGUUUGCGGUUGUUAUCUCAUCAUCCUUGA